AUGAGGACUUGCUCGCAGACAAGGCAACCCUGGCCCGUGCCGUCCAGUCAUUGGACUCCAAGGGCUGGAACACAAAGGGAGAGGUCUACUCGGCCACGCUUCUUCGCGCCCGCACCGUCUCUGCGUUCAUCCGAGAUGAGCUCGUCGAAAUAG